AACGCAUGACGUAGAGGGUUAAAGUUCGUCAAAUGUCACCCAAAGAAUUUCGGUCAUUGAUUUUUCGGCUUUGUCUGUCGACAUUUUCCGGCGGCUUGUUUUCCCAGGGUGUUUCUUUAAAUCUUCGUGCGAGUGUAGCGAUCGGAACCAUGACGGCGAAGGUUACGGGAAGUUUACGUAGAGAAAGACUCGGCUAGUUCGAAGUGUUUUUUACGGUAAAUCAGGGUGGUAGAAUACGGGGAUUUCGCCCCCCUCCCCUGUUUUUUUUUCACAAGGCGAUCUCUCUCCGUCUGCUGCCAACAAAGAGCGUUUCACGCAUCGUGGGGAGCCAGACCGGUCUCGGUGUCAAGGGUCCUUCUUGAGCACACAGUUGUCGCGUUCAUAACGGGAUUACUGUUUCCCUUGAUUGAUCUGCAGUAGUACGUACUCUAGUUGAUAAUUUCGACAUGUCGGCGGACGAGAUUGAAGAGCCGGUGGUUUCGCGCUCGCGGGCGAGCAAAAGGCAGGGUAGCAAGCCGGGCAGGUCCGAUUCAGACGCCGAGGGAACGUCAGCGUCUUCCGAUGAGAAGGGGGGAGAAGGGAGAACGGAGAAGAAGAAGGGGAGGAUCGUUCAUGCUCCGAUCGACAAGUUGGGACCAUAUGGGCGCUGGAUCCGCCACAUUCUGUUGGAGUCCAUUCUGGUGGGCACACCUGUCCUGGUGUCCAUACAGAAAUUCCGCACACCUGCCCGUACCUGGGCCAUGAAGAUGAUCAGUUUCCUGGGUACAGAAGACUUCUACACUCCACUUGUCGUGUGUAUGCUCUGGGUAUUAGAAUCUCGGCUGGGCCGACUGUAUACUCUGCUAAUGGCAAUUGGUUUUUAUGUUACUGGGUUCUUGAAGAACUUCCUCUGUUUGCCACGCCCUCCUGUAGAUGCAGUGGAGAGUCUAGAGAAAGCCUAUGACUGGGCAUUGCCGAGUCACCACUCGUUGCUGGGGGUAAUGUUACCGUUCUACCUGUGGUUCUACUACUACCUUCACUCCCACAUGUCCACCACCUUCCUGGUCGUGCUCUUCAUCAUUGUGUGCAUAUGGUCGUUUUCCCUGAUGUUCAGCCGGCUGUACCUGGGAGUGCACAGCCCAGCUGACAUCCUGACAGGAGGGCUGUUCGGUGUGCUGGUGCUGUCCGUCUGGCUACAGGUGUACGACCUGCUGGACAGCUGGAGCGCUGUGCCAGAGAACCAUGUGUGGUUGCAGGCCUUCGUCUACUCCAUCCUGCUGCUCAUCGUCCACCCUCGCUGCCAACCUGCAACCCUGACCUUCGCUGACACGGUGGUGUUGAUGGGCGUGGCUGUGGGGGCCAUCAUCGGUCACAGCAGAAUACGAAACUACUCUGCCUACCUGGCUCUACUGGAAACAAUGUCGGAACAUGCAUCACUGAGUGCAAUCAUAGGAAUGUCCUUGUUACGAAUGAUUGUUGGUGGUGUGCUGGUCUUCACCACCCGUAUCAUGGUGAAGUACCCCUGUAGAACACUGCUGUUCCUCAUCGCACAGUUCGCAGACAUCAAUGUCUACAGCAGCAGCAUCUACUCCAAAACCAACACUCCCGAGUCCAAGCACUACUCAGACGAGUACCUGCUGCCUCCUAUCUAUGAUCCUAAGAAGAAGAAGAACCCGAGCAGCCGUGACAGUAAUGAGGAGGAAGAGGAGGAGGAGGAGGAGGGAGACAGGCAGCUCCAGGCCAGCCGUGCUCCAGAGCCCGAGCCUGUCCCCUGGGACGUCGACAUUCCCGUCAAAUACGUCACCUACCUGUCCAUGAUGUGGAUGGCUGUGGAGGGCGUGCCCAGCGCGUUUCAUCUUCUUGGACUCACCUUGUGAAGCCAAGUAUCGGAUGAUAAGUGUAUAGACUUUUAAACUAUUGCUGAUAAUGGUCUUUUGCCUUGAUGUGUAUAGUCAGCUGAAAAAAGACCACUUUGUUAAAGGCAUUCAAUGCAAUUUCAGGGCGACAAACAAAAAAUAUUCUGGAUGAGGAAACCUGUCUAAUAUUGACAUUAACUGCCAUUUCUUAGCUCAUUUUCAUCCUUUCAUACUUGAAGCAUUUGGAAUAGCCUCAAAACAUGCUAUGUGAGGGUUCUCUUUAUUUUUGGGUACCACCCAUAAAUAGCUAGAACCAACUUAAGAUACAAACUAAGCAACCGUUUUCUGUCAGCAACAUCGCAUUUUUGCCUCACUGAUUUCAGUAUGCUACGGGAUAGGAUUGAUUUAAGUUACUGCAUAAAAAAUUAUCCAGUUUUGCCACCAUGAAAUUGCAUUGGAUGCCUCUGAGGGAAAUUGAAAUCUUCCUGCUGUUUGAUGCUCUCAGACUUCAGUGCAUCUGAGAAGUACAUGACAACAAGCAGCAAAUCAGAGCUGGAGAGCUAUCUAUAUAUGGUAGUUCAGCGUGUAAGUAUGCAGCACUGUGUGCAUGUGUGACCACUUAAUAACAAUAAACAUGUAUGUAAAAGUCAUAACAGUCUGUACCUCAUCUCAGCUCAGCCAUUUGUACACAACAAAGUUUUUUAAAGGAUGUACAACAUUAGUGUAAAGUACUGAUACACGUACAUCCCAGAUUGGGACUCUUGAUUGGUCCUCAUGAAGGGAUUGUGGGGAUUUAAAUGAAGUUAUAAUAUGCUUUUAGAAGAAGCUAAGACUGUAUGUGAGCCUCCAUUGUACUGUAAAUUCAUCAAAUUUCAUGGCACGGAGCUAAGAAUGGGGGGACCCGAUACUGGUUGAUUGCACAUGCAAAGGGCCACGGUGCAUGCAUGUUUGGAUAGUGCCCCCCCACUAGUGGCAGUGCGCACACUUUGCCUCAUAGGCCAAGAGAGCGUGUUGGGGAACAAACAAUGUGCAAAUCAGAAGUUCACAGUGUCUUUCAGUUCACAGUUGAGACAACUGCAGUAAGGCAAUACAAGACAAAGCACAAGUGUAUGGUCUUUGUGAACAUGAAACCUUUAUGAAUAUCUCACCAUCUACAAAAUGUUGUAUCCAAAUGUAAAAAGGAGACAAAUUUUGUCAUGUAUCAAAAAUUUUGCAAUGUGGUAUCUUUCCUUUUAAUCUUUGUUGUAUGGCACCAAAUUCUUCCUGAUUUUUUUUAGGAGUUAUGAGCAAAAGAGGCUAGAAUUUGGGUGGAUCUUUUCCAAUUGUGUUGGCACAUCUUGGCAAAUCUGAUAAAAACUAUGUUUUAACAUUUGUGGUAUUCAGCCAGGCCAGCUUUUCCACUGAUUACCUUAAAUCAUUUAUGUGUCUAUAGAUUUUACUAACUUCUCCAUAAUCUCUGUGAAUUAAAAAAAUUUCAUCAGGUUGGUGAAUGAUUGAAUAGCAAAGUUCUUUAAUUCACAACCACUUGUUUAACAAGAGCUGGUGUUUAGAUGACCAUCUGUCAUCUUCAUUGUAACCUUAUUGUGUUGUAUUUCAUGUUUUUAUUUGUGUUCACCCAAUCAACACUUGGACCAAUGUGACAGCUCUCAGGAUGAAGUUAUUGAAUACGAAGGGAAAAAGUUGACAAUAAAGCUUGACCACUUUUAACUUAAUUUAUUAUAUGAAUGAAAUACUCUGGAUGAGUUAGUCAUUGUAAUGCAUUCAGUUGUCACAGAUGGAGUUGCAUAGUAGACUUGAAGCAGUUUUAGAAACAGUAACAGCAAAUCAAACUAUUUACAUGCAUGUUACAUACUCAUUGUCAAGGUCAAUAUAUUAUUCAUCAACUGCUAAAUCGAGAGAUGAAAAGAGCAACAAUGCUACAUCACUAUCAACAUUUGACAUGUAUUAAAUACUCACAUCUUGCCAUUACACCCAUAACAGAGGCAGAAAGUUGUGCAAAAGCCAUAUGCUAUGAAUGGGUCAGGUAGAAAUAGACUUGGAGUGUGAACUCUACUUAUGUAUGGUAGAGUAUGGAAGGGAGUUAGUAGUGUGCUGGUUAAGAUUUGAUAUGUAGCCUCCAUAGUGUGAUAGGGGUUAAAAACUAAGUAACAAUCCAGGGUGGAUGUAAAAUUAACGUUGUUGUGUAAAAAUGAAAAAAAAAGCAUCACAAAUCAAAUGAUGGAACUUGAAAAGUGAAAUGAAGGUACAACAGGUAUAGAAACUGUAUCAACUGUAAACCUGAAAAGCAAGAAAAAUGUGUACCGACUUUUUGUCACCCCCACUUCCUUUGAUCUUUUUUUUUAUCUAUUUUCAAAACAUGUAAAAGAUUGUUGAGACCACUUAUACAGUGCUUCUUGUUAUUCAAAAGUAUGGAAUCACAUACAUGUACCUAUGAUAAAUGCAGCAAUCAAUGAUGAUACUGCAAUAUUUAAUACUUUUGUUUCAUGCCAGGCAUAUGAUAUGUUUCGUUUCAUGCCAGGCGUAUGUUACGUUACGUUGUGUGCGCUAUGUCCAGUAUUGUACAUGCAUUCUGUUCUGUGCUGCUCGUGCAAGUAUGUUUAUGUACUGCUGCUUGUUCAUACUGCAAUAAGAAACGUUUAGUAUGCCAUGGGGCAUUAUUUGUUAUCAUUACAACAUGUGUGAUCAUGAACAUUAAAAGUAUACAUCUCAAAAAGUAGAGAAAAGCA